AUGGCAUUUCGGGCACUGCUGUCUCAUCAGCAGCCGCAGGGAUGCAACGCUCCAUCGGGGCCCCCCGCCGUAUCGGGUUCGCGUAGCAACCCUUUGACAUCCUUCUUGACCGCAGCCACGGAGGAUCCUCUUCGCACUCAACAGCUUACGGAGGGCUAUAACUUGGCUGCGCUUCAAGGGCCCUUAGGAGCACCUUUGGAGGAGCCUUUCAUUGUUUCGCAACAAGAGAAGGGUUUCUUGCCGCCUUUUACUGGGGCUGUUGUCGGCGAGCACCACGUUUCGCCCAUUGAGAGGGCUGUAGCCGAAGCGGUCACUACUCGAGCUGCGCCUCAUGCCACUACGAGUUAUGGGAGGGGCAUCGAUGGGCUGUUGGCUGGAGGAGGAGCAGCAGCAGAAGCAGCAGCAGCAGCAGAGGCCUCAGCAGAGGCUGAGUUGUUGCGAGUGUCGCAUUACAAGCGCCCUGUACCCCCUCCCGCUGCAGCAGAAGCAGCAGCAGGGCAGCGCAUGCAGCCUCACCAGAGGCAUCUGCCAGAUGUAUGGGCAGCGGAAUUUAUGAGCCGACUGCAGCGACAGCCUCCACAGCCACGCCAAAUGGUGCAACACUUUGGUAACGAUAGCGGGGGCCUCGUGCAGGAAUGGGCAAAUGAAUUCAGUUUGCUUUCCCUUGGAGGCGCACCAGAAGCGGAGCAUCAGCAGCAUCAGCAGCAUCAGCAGCAGCAGCAGCAGCAGCAGCAGCAGGGGCCCCCUCCCCGCUUUGCAGGGGCCUUUGAAGCUUCGCAGAGGCUCUUGGGGCCAGGGGGCCCUGCUGCAUGGGGGCAGAUGUCGGUGCAGCAGUUCCCCUUGCAGAUGUUUUUCCCUCAACCGCAGCAGCAAUCGCAGCAGCAAUCGCAGCAGCAACAGCAGCAGCAAUCGCAGCAACAACAGGAGCAGGAAGAUGGGGGUCUUGCCCAAGCAGAAGAGCAAGAACCACAAGCUCCUGAAGUGUUUGAUCCGACUGUGGCAAGAGACUUGGUGAGGGGCCUCAAAGCGGUGGGGGGCCCCAAGCUGCUCAACGCCGAGUUCACUCGGUUCGUCGAGGCGCUUGCGGACGGUGGCAUUCGAUUGGAGAAUGGCCAGCUGCUGACGAACGAGGGUAGGAAGGCCGAUUGGGAUGAAAUUCUCGCCAGCGAGGAGGCUAAAAAAAUGGUGGGGGCGUCAUUCGAGACAGAGGACGCCUUUGACGAGGCCCCUGAAGCGGCGACCGAUUUUGAUAAGAGCCUCCGGGAGCUCGAAGAGACGUGGAAAAAGGCGCAUGCAAAUGGGGAGAUUGAUGACGAGGAACUCGGGCUUUUUCAGUCGAUCUUCAACUCUAAGGAUAUGACAGAAAUCCUGCAGAAAGAUACCCCGGAGCAGAUGGGUACGUCAUGGAUUACCCUACAGCAAGGCGCGCUGGCAGUGGCGCCUCCAGUGUACUUUCGUAAGGAAAAUCCUUAUCUCAAGACGGCUGGGGGUCUGGAGUGUGCACAACGCCUCUUGGCGGAAGGCAAGCUACAGGAGGCGAUCUUGGCUCUCGAAGCCGAGGUGCAAAGGCAUCCCAACAGCAGCGAAGGCUGGAGGCUUCUCGGCGAGUGUCAUGCCGACAACGAGCAGGAUAUCGAGGCCAUCCACUGUUUGAAGAGAGGCCACGGCGUUGAUCCUUAUAACUUGGACAGUCUCAUGGCAUUAGGAGUUUCCCUGACCAACGAGCUGGACGUCUCACAGGCUCUGCUCUAUUUACGGACUUGGCUUGCAAACCACGAUGACUUCCAAGGUCUGCCCGGUCUGUCUGAGCGUCCUCCGGACGACUUUCAGCUCCUGAAGUCUGAAGUAGCUUCGUUGUUCGAAGCGGCUCUCAGGCAGCCUCAGGGCUCUGCUGGACGCCUGCACUCUGCCCUGGGGGUGCUGUAUAAUAUUGAUAGACACUACGACAAAGCAUUAUAUCAUCUCUCGGAAGCCUUGAAAUACGCGAAAAACGAUGUAGCGGCGUCCUUAUGGAACAAGAUUGGCGCUACUCUGGCGAACUCAGGCCGGUCAGCUGCAGCUCUAAUUGCAUAUCAGCAGACCCUAAGCCUCAGACCAAACUACCCCAGGGCGUGGACGAACCUGGGAGUUGCGAAGGCAAACUUGGGGGAGAUGGAGCAGGCUCUGCAGCAUUACUUGGUUGCUCUCGAACUAAAUCCGGAAGCUACUCACCUGUGGUAUUAUAUCCGCAGUGCCCUCAUCAGCCUCAACCGUUAUGACUGGAUCAGCUUUACGGAGAACCGCGAUUUCCAGGGCUUGCGGAAAGUAGUUCCGCGAGGCGAUGCGCCUCCUCUGUCAGCGUUGAUUGCACCGGGCGAUCCUCGGGCGGCAGAGAAUAGUCCGAAGGUUCUAGAACAUAUUUUUAGCCUGAUCCGCUAA